AUGGAGAGUAUGAAAAAUUUCAUCAAUAUUCUUCACGUUUUGAACAGAGGCGGAUCAGCAGGAGUUAAUGUCAUGAUUUACACUUGUGCUACUGAUCGUGAUUAUAACGAUUGGGCUGCACAAGGAAUUAUCGACUUGGGAGAUAAUGAAAAUGAAACAAUAAUUCAAUAUGGUAAUGGGAAAUAUAAUGCGACAGGAGGUCCAUUAUCAGUAAGUGACUGGAAGAAAAAUGACAGUUUUAAAUCUGUUUGGAUAUUAGCAUUUAAUAAACUUGGUUAUAAAACACUUAUCGACUUCAAUUCAAAGGAUGAAUUUUAG